GCCCGGCCCUGUAGUCACGUUCCUUCCUAAUUGGGCGUUUUCUCUUCCGAACUGGAAUGGAUCCAUUCUUCUCAAUCGCAUCUCCUCUUCUUGUUCUUCUUCCUUCGCAUCUUUUCUCAUGCUCUCAUUUGCCUGAUGCUCUUCUUUUCUCCUUCCCCCCAUUAAUGGUUCGUCUAAUCUUGGCUCUACCCCCGCCCGAAACCAUCUGCCUGGUCAGGAUUCAAGGAAAGCCAGACAUAUAUGAAAAUGGCAAUUACCACGAUGGAAAGCCGAGGUAGCUCAGUGCAUCCCCGCCGCUUGACUGCGCCACAAAAAUUGUGACAGAAGAUUAUCUCAGUUGCAGCUCAGCAUUGUUCAGCGACCAUAGGAAGCGGGGCAGAGA